AUGUUGUUUUAUUCUAUUUUAAUAAUAACUCUAUCUAGUGGAUAUGUCGUUGGUCAGUUCGGGCCGUUCAAACAAGAUUUCGGAUAUGUUACUGUAAGGGAAGGUGCUCACAUGUUCUACUGGCUGUUCUACACCACUGCUGAUGUCCAAAACUAUGUAGAGAGACCACUCAUAGUUUGGCUACAAGGCGGACCCGGGGGAUCUUCCACAGGAAUAGGAAAUUUUGAAAUUCUAGGACCUUUGGACUUGUCGCUACAAGAAAGGAACUACACAUGGGUGAAAAACUUCAACGUUCUGUUCAUCGACAACCCCGUGGGCACAGGUUUCAGUUACGUCGACGAUGUACAAUUUUUGACAACUAAUAACGAAGAAAUAGCCCGUGACUUUGUCCAACUGAUGCGUGGUUUCUACAAUAAACACCCGGAGUUCCAAGGAGUACCCCUGUAUAUUUACGGGCAAUCAUAUGGAGGGAAAAUGGCGGUAGAUAUGGGCAUAGCUAUGAACGAGGCAGAAAAAGCAGGAACGAUUGGAUCUAACUUAAAGGGGAUUGCGAUGGGCAACGCUUGGAUAUCUCCAGUCGAUGCUACGCUUACAUGGGGCCCACUGCUCCUAGCAGCUGGUCUUGUAGACGAGGCAGGCUAUAAUCGUAUUCAACAAAGCGCCAAAGAAGCUGAACGACUCUUCAACGAACGUCGCUACUUUGAAUCGACACAACAAUGGUCGGCCACACAAAUUGCAGUGUUACUUGCGACAAGCAACGUUGAUUUCUACAAUAUACUUACAAAAAUGCCACCUUGGCCUUUUGCGAAUAACAAUGGUUUCGAAUUUUCCAGAAAUAUGUUGAUACGUAAUUCUGUUCACAAACCUACAAGAGAGGGAGAAUAUGACCUCAAUGUUUUGAUGAACGAUCUCGUCAAACCUGCUUUACAAAUUCCUGAACACGUAGUGUGGGGCGCUUUAUCUAACCCGGUAUUCGACACUUUAAGGGUAGACUUCAUGAAACCUGUAACAGACAGCAUUGAGAAGUUGCUGAACGAAACGGAUAUUAUUUUGACGAAAUAUAAUGGGAAUCUUGAUCUGAUUUGUGAUACUCCAGGACAAAUUCUGUGGGUGGAUCGCUUGAAAUGGCCCGGUGCUGAGCAGUACAAAAUGGCGAAACGUAUGCCUAUUUGGGAAAACAACAAGUUGGAAGGCUACUACAAGAGUUAUGGAAACUUCAGAUUCUUCUGGAUAAACUACGCUGGCCACAGCGUACCAAGAGACAAUCCUCAAGGCAGUACUGCAUUUUUGCGAGAUAUGACUGGUUUCGGCUAA